AUGGAGCUCUACUUGGCUCUCGCAUUUCCAAUCCUCAUCAUCACUGCCUGGUUCUACACCUCUCAAAUGACCCGCAGAUCUUUGCCCACGUUCAGGGACAAACGUAUUUGUCUACUGAUCGCGCAUCCAGAUGACGAAGCCAUGUUCUUUUCACCUACAUUAUCUACAUUGACUGCUCCAGAGCUGGGUAACCAUGUCAAAAUACUAUGUCUAAGCAGUGGCGAUGCGGACGGGCUAGGAGAGACGCGAAAAGCGGAAUUGGCUCUCUCAGCGAAGUUGUUGGGCUUACGAGCAGCAACUGAUGUACUUGUACUGGAAGACGAUGCUUUUCCAGAUAGCAUGAGUAUUGCGUGGCCGGAGGAGAAGAUCGCACAGGUACUGUCUUCUGCCUUUGUGCCUGCAGCUGGGAAGGGCAAGAGCGGGCAACCGCCCAAGACGACAGUUGACGUAGUCAUUACCUUCGAUGGGCAAGGUGUAUCAAAUCAUCCGAACCAUAUAUGUCUAUAUCAUGGCGCAAAAUCUUGGAUUGCUGGACUGAUGAAAGGAAAGGAGGGGUGGAAGAGUCCAGUGGAACUCUACACACUAUCGUCUGUCAACGUCCUCAGAAAAUAUAUUAGCUUCCUGGAUGGCGCAACAACAUUGUUUAUCGGGGCAGCAAGGAGUAUCAUACAUGGCAAAAGGAAGAAAUCCAAGGAGGAUACCGCAAGUCUCGUUUUUAUCAGUGGCCUUGUCGAAUACAGGAAUGGGCAGAACGCGAUGACGAAGGGGCAUAGCAGCCAGAUGAGAUGGUUUCGUUGGGGAUGGAUUGCUGUUGGUAGAUACAUGAUCGUAAAUGAUUUGAGACGGGAGAACAUAUGA